AUGUCGGAGCGCGCUGGACGCCUCUCGGGUCUACAGAAUGGCGCCGUGGGCUCUCUCGCCGGUAUGAUCGAAGUACUUCUGCAGCAGCCGACUGUAGCCAUGAAGAACGCCGUGCAGCAAAAUCGGCCCAUCCAGUGGUCCGUCCCGGCGCUCUAUCGCGGCGUCGGCGUCUCUCUGGUCUCGAUCGCACCUGUGAGCGCACUCCAAUUCGCAGUCAACGGCCGUCUGCUGCGUCAAUCCAUUCGCAAUCGAGACGCCCCUCCUUCGGACGCGACCAAAUUGCUCUGUGGCACGUUAUCGGGCGUCUCGUCGGCGCCUCUGAGUGCAUCUGCUGAGCUCGUGAUGACACUGCAGCAAAACAAUGGCAAGAGCUUUGGGGCUACAGUCAAAGAAGUGGCACAGACGCACGGCGUGAGGCGACUCCUGCGGGGCGUCACGGCGACGGCCGUGCGCGACGCGACGUGGUGCGCGGGGUACUUGGCGCUUGGCCCCGUGUUGACGCACAAGAUGCACACGCUCAGUCCAGCGGCUUUUGGCCAUGCAGACGAUGCUACCAAGUCCCAGAAGACGUCGGCCUCGCUGGCCGGAUGCAUUGCUGCUGGUCUUCUUACAGUGGUGGCGACGCAGCCUGUGGACACGGUCAAGACCGUCAUGCAGGGAGAGGCAAUGGUGUUGACUUCUGAUCGAGCUUCUAGCACUUAUGCUACAGCCGCUCGAAUCUACCGUGAAGGUGGAGUGGCGCCAUUCUAUCGCGGUAUUGUCCCUAGAGGAUGUCGCUUGAUUGGUGCGGUCUUUAUCCUGGGCCAGUCGCGCGUCUGGCUCGAGGAGGUCUUUGAAGAACAUGCGUUGCUCAAGUUGUAG